AUGGCUGUAAACGUUCCACCUCGUUAUGACAAAAUCUACAACUUCUUUCCCCUUUCUGGCCAUGGAGAACAAGUCCACUCUCCUCCAAGGCUCCUUCUGACGGGCGCGGGCCCCGCGCGGCAGGUGAAGGUGCUGCGGGGACCCCGCCGCCCGGCCUGCGCCCAGACCCCCGCCCCGCCGCCACCUGGGGGGAAGGACCCCGCCGGCCUCCCAGGGACCGCCACCCCGGCUGCACACGGAGCCUCCGCCGGCCGAGCAGCCCGAGCUGGGGGAGGGGGCGCCCCCGCGGGGAGGGGGGAGGGGAGGGCCGGCCCCGCCGACGUCAGCGACCUGGGCGCAGGUCGGCCGCCCCUCCCCCGCUGUGCGGCCCCGGCCCCGGGGGCGCCCCACCGAAGCCCAGGGAGGAGGCGGGGGAGCCCAGCUUGCGGCCAAGAACGGCCCAGCGGCGCCACGGGACUUGGGAAAGUUUGUGCGCGCUCCUCCGCGCCACGGCCACGCGCAGAGGAGACUCAGAGCCGGCCCCGGGCCCGGCCCGGCACCGCCACGCGCGAAAGCAGAGGGAGCGCGCCCCGCAAGAACUCCAGCGGAAACAACCGAAGACCAGAAAGGGAGCAGGAAGGAGGGCUGCUCUGGAAGCAGAUGUCACCAGUACCGCCCACCUACCCAAAAUCACAGAAGGAAAACCUCAAAGGAUGCCCACCACCAUCGUAAACGGAUGCCCCCCCAGCACGAGGUCCUAUAGCGCAGUGAAGCUCCCAGACGGCUCCGGACUUUCAUUCCCUCAUUCCCACGUGUCUGUUCCUUAUGUCCCUCACUUUUAUAAACUAUCUCCACCCGAUUCCUUGCCAAUCAACUUAAUCUCCACCCAAAAUAUAAAACCCCCUUCCUUUAAAGCGUGCAUUA